AAAGAGUUGUUAAGUGUUCCGAAUAGCUGUGUAUCAGUUCAUCGAAAUCAUGCAGCUUUUUGCAGGAAGUCAGUCAUUCUACGGCGAUUUACAGGAAAUCAGUAUGACAAGUUGAGAUUCAUAGAAACGUCUCAUCUCCAGGACAGUGACAUACGAGGAUGAUCAAACUGUUCAUCACGGAAAAGUAUCGUUACAUGUUCUUCUCCACAUCAUAAUUCAUAGAAACGUCUCAUCUCCAGGACAGUGACAGACGAGGAUGAUCAAACUGUUCAACGCGCAAGAGUAUCGUUACAUGUUCCUCUCUUCAUCAUACACAGUCCACCACAGAAAAGAAAAAAGAAUGAUGAACUGAUGGCAUCGUAUCCUUCUUGAAUACAGGAUUAUCUUACUAUGGAAAAACUAAGAGAAUUAGAAACUGAAGCACAAUGUGCUGCGUUUGCAAACAACAGUAAAUCGGCUUUAGAACUAUACAGCAAGUGUCUACUUCUUUGCGAACAACAUAACUUGCCACAAGAAGAUUACAAACGAAUACUUGGUUUCAAAGUAUUGUUGCAGAAUGCACAAAAAGCGAACAAGGAGGCCCUGUAUGACUCCGUAUCAUAUGUCAUGCUGGAUCAACAAAGUCACGAGGGAUAUUGGUAUGCCUCCUAUGCUGUACAAAAUUUGAAGAGGUUUGACAAAGCGUUAGAGUUCCUAAUCAAAGGUUCCACAUUAACAGAAGAGCCGUCCCUAUUCUUGGCAGAAAUAGUGCAAAUUCUGGUUUCCCGUGGGUCGUCGAACGAGCGAUUGUUUUUGGAAAUACUCGAAAGAUACCCCGCGUUAGACAUUGGUUCCAUAGAAACACAGAGAAAUGUAAUUCAGAGAUUAGUUGACAUUAAUUUUUGGGAGGGUGUUAGCUUACUUGUAACAGGUAUUCACAAAGGACCUGCCAGUAAGUUAGACAAAUCUGCUUCAAGUUGUUCAGCCGUUGGAGUGCCAGUUGGAAGAUUACUAGGAAACAUAUCUAAGAAUGAUAAACAAAGGUUUGGUGUACAACUUGCACAAGCUCUACUAGAGAAUGGAGCAACAAUACAAGAAAUAGAAAAAUCCAUGGAAAUGCCAAUUCUGCACGUUGGACUUAAAGUGGCCAUGGAAACAGGCAACAAUGCCUUGUUGAAAUGGCUUUUUAAAAAUUGUUCGAGAGGAGAAUUGCACGAAAACAGAUCAGACAGUGACCAGAAUUCAGUUUUGCACGCUUUAGUAAAGUCAAAUAUGAAGAACGAGCAACAGGAGUUAGAUAUAUUCAAAAUUCUUCUCGAGAACGGAUGUUCACCGCAUCUACAUGAUGCAAUGGGAAGAACACCAAUUGAAUACGUCUCCAAAACUAGGCGCCUGUAUCCACUGUUAAAUCAGACAACAGAAUCAAAAGUUGAUGAGCAAAAUGGCCUUGUCGGUGAAAUAACGGCACAACGUAAUGACGCUGAUAGUGGAUGCAACGUGAUUAAGACGGAAGAUGAAUGUGUUGUACGAAGAGAAGGUGCAAUAAUCAUUCUAGGGGAUACGGAAGCGAAAACAGAUUUUGAAUCACUGGUAAAGAGAGCCAAUGAAGCAUUUAGCCGAAAAAUGUUCACGGAAGCUUUUGAAGACUAUAUACAUGCGGCAGCGAUUUUGGUAGAUGAUAAUCAGCAGAAUAUGAGGGAAGAAAUUGUCAAGCAUUUAUGCAAAUGCUAUACAAGGUGCUCCAGUACAGAAAAUUGCAGUGUUCCUGACGAAAGCCUAUCAACAUUAUCGUUUGGAUUAAAAUGUUCCAUUACAUUUCGACUUAUCAAACAACGACAAUGGACAGAGGCUUGUACUUUCUUUGAGGGAUACAUACAUCAUGCCAGUGUCGAUACCAAUGUUACUGGCGAAAGUAUUGCCUUAAAUCACAUAUGUAAUGAAAGGAUGCUAUCUAGCCAUGUUUGGCUUGCUGAAUUCAUUAAAAAGAUGGUGGAGGAAGAUCUUGUUGAUUUCCGUAAAAUCAAAUUGAAACCUGACGAGACGUACCUGCAUUCAUCUGUAAAGAUAGCAUUUGCCACGGAAAAUGGAGGUUUGCUUGAGGUAGUGACAAAGAAAGCAAAAAGAUGUCAGGAACAAAACCAACUUGAUCGGUCUGGAAACUCGGCACUACAUAUGGUAGCAAAAUUUCCACCGGGAAAUAAAAUGGCGAAAGAAGUUUGCCGAAUUCUUUUAGAAAAUCAAGUUAAUCCAUUGCUACAGAACAACGAUCAGAAAACUGCUAGAGAUCUUACCUCUCCAAAGGAUAAAUAUGUAACCAAGCUAUUGAAGCGACAUGAAGAGAAAGCAAAGAAAGGAUAUCAUACUCAAAAGAGAAAGAAAAAGCACAGGUGGAAAAAGCAAUCAAGGACUGUCAUUAGAGAUACCAUCACAGACUCGCUUGACGAAGAUGAACAUUUAGAUACUACUAUAGGAGAAACUCCAAUCCAGGAGUCCCCGGAGAAAUGUACAUGUAGACUCGUCAUAGAAAAAAUAAGGGAAACUAAACCAGAGAAAGGUUCCACGAUCGAAUCCCUAGUGAGUGUGCUUCAAGAAAAUCAUACAUCAUAUGACCACCACAAAACAAGAAAUGAAUGCCUAGCACUUAUUGCAGACAUCGUUUCAAAAUCGGAUACUCCAGAUAUCCCAUGUGCUUUAACAUGUGUUGCUCAAGAUGUAUACGUUGACUUUCUACGCGCGCUAAUAUCAUUGAGCCAAUGGGAACUGAUGUGUAAAGCUGUAGAACUGUAUCGAGAAAAAGUGGACGGGAACGCCCUUUCUGAGUUUGCGUCUGAUAUGUCCAUCGUUAACAUGAUUCAGACAGUGCAAACAACUAACGAGGACAAGAUUGUUGAAAUAUUGAAACUCAUGCUCGAUGGAGGCGCAAAUCUUGAAAGAGAAGAGGAACGUUUAAUGCAAAUUGUUCUUAAACAUUCCCAAUACAAAGUUCUUGAAGCAUUAUUGCGUCAUGACAUAAAUCCAGAGCUGUUGACUGUAUACCCCGGGGACACACCCAUUCAUGCUGCUUUGUUUAUUGGACUUCAACUGGAUAAAGGAAAUUUUACGAUUUUUAAACUCUUCAUUGCAAAAUACAAUGAAGAUAGAAGAAAACAUGCCUGUCUGAGUCCUAAGCAAGUGGAUGAGUCAAAGAAUGGUCUAUUUCAUAUUGUUGCGAAAGAGUCUGACUGUUCCGUUAAUCAUGAAGCAGCGCGUAUUUUACAUAAGCUUGAAUUGCCACUAAUCCUAAAAAACAAAGAAGGGCUGCUUCCGAAAGAUUGCUUAGUAUGUAAACACAGUGAAAUGCAACAGAUUUACAAAAGCUUGGAAGAGGAAGAAAAUGAUCAAAUGAAAGAGAACAUCUUAACCAUGAUUUAUACUCUAAGGAGAAAAACUACACUGCAGACAAAAUGUCCUUCUGAUACUCCUCACAGCGACGCAUCGCUAGAGAAGCCCGAGUGUGACAAGUUGUCAAUUGAGGGAGACUCCCUUGAGAAUGGAAGUCAGAAAGAAACAAAUACAGAGAUCGUUUUUGAUCCAGCAUACUUUGAAGAUCUUGUAUGGGAAAUACAAUGUUCGAAGGACUUUUUAAAAGCAAUAAAGAAUAAGAAAGUCCAUCCUCAUCUUAAACAAAAGGCAAUGCAAUAUAUUCUGGAACUUGGAAGAGGAUAUAGGUGGAAACACCUACGCAACAAACUAAAACAUAAUAAUUCCUCAGGACCUGUUUUAUAUGAGAUCAAACUUGACAAGGCAGUAAGGAUAAUAUGGGAAGAAGCGAUUGACCUCUCAUGCAGACGGCAGGAUGAGACGCGGUGCUAUAGUGAAGUAAUCAGGUUGUGGGAUUUGGUUUUGGAUCAUGACAAAAUCCAUUCGAGUGUUCAAAAUAUACUUCGAUCGUACGAAAGAGCAAAACCAUUACCAAACUUGACGAAAUGUAUCAAAGGGAAAAAUCACAAUGACAAACAUUUCAAAGCACCGCAAACAUUCGUAUACGUUAAUCCGAAAACAGAAGAAAGCAGCAUAGAUACACACGGUUUAUACAAGCCUGUAAAUCCUCAUGAAAAUGAGUUCAACGUCAUGAAAUUUUAUCCUUUCUCUUAUGAUGUUGUCCACAGUAUCUUGGAAAACUCGGACGUUGAGUUAGAAUUCCCCUUUAAGGUAACAGAUGAUGAGUAUUUGUUUAUCAACAUGAAAACCAAUACACCUAUUUUACUCCUUGGAAGAAGCGGAACUGGUAAAACAACUUGCUGUUUGUACAGACUGUGGAAUAAAUUUGAAGUAUAUUGGACUGAAAUCGCAAGGAUGCAGUCUGCUGCAGCUUCUGUAGCAGAAUCCAUUCAAAAUGGGACAAACGAUAAGACAGACCUGAAAGGUAUGGAUGAUUUGCAGAAACCUCUUGAUGAACAGUGCAUUGCAGAAGCAAACAUGCAGAAUGAACUAAAAGCUGAGAACACUGAAGGUCGGAAUAAUGCAACUGGGGAAAACGAUAAUUAUUUUGGUAGACAUCUCCGACAAAUAUUUGUGACAAAAAAUCCUUUGCUAUGCAUGGAAGUGGAGCGCAAUUUUUGUGAUUUGAGACAUGCUAGUAGGGUCGGGAAGAUGCACUCGUCAUCUGAGAACAAUCCUCUUCCUCCGAAAUUGCAAGAUGUUGAUGACCUUCAAUAUCCACUGUUUAUCACAUUUAGAAAACUAUUACAAUUUCUGGAUAAGUCUAUUACAGAUACAAACCAGUCUAUGCUGGCGAAAAAUUCAAACCUCACGAAUGGUAUUCAAGGGUGGUCUGAUUGCAACAUCAAUGACGAUAUUUCAAAACUAAGAGACAGCAGAUCUAUUUGCAUAGAAUUAUCUGAUGAUGAACUGUCAGACGAUAGUAAUGACGACGAAUCAACAGGCAUGGUGCGAGCAAUAUCACCAAUUAAGAAACAACAACGAAAAUCGGCGUCUUGGAAGAUGAUGACAUAUGAAAUUUUUGUGAAAGAGGUGUGGAUAAAAAUGAAGAAAGAGAACCCAAUGUGCCACCCAUCCCUCGUCUGGACAGAAAUAGUAUCAUUCAUUAAAGGUUCAUAUGAGGCACUAAAUUCAUCAAAUGGAUAUCUAAAUUUAGAAGAGUAUGAACGACUAGGAAGAAAAAUGGCGCCGAUGUUCACGGGAGACAGGAAAAAGAUACAUGAUUUGUUCCAUAUAUAUGAACAUGUUAAGAAACAACGAUCUUUCAUCGAUGAGGCAGAUAUAACUAGAAUAAUAUAUAAGAAGUUAACCAAUCAACGAGAUCCAAAUCUUCUUGUUCAUGAGGUGUACGUGGACGAGACACAAGAUUUCACACAGGCAGAACUAUGUGUUCUGAUACAGUUAUGUCGGAAUCCUAGUGGAAUUUUCAUGACGGGUGAUACUGCGCAAUGCAUCAUGCACGGCAUUUCCUUCAGAUUCGAAGAUCUGCGGACCAUAUUUUAUUCAAUGUCCAUAAAACAAUGCAUUGGAGAAAAGAACAUCACCCCAAAGAUUCAUCAUUUGCCCCACAAUUAUAGAUCCCAUGCGGGAAUACUCAAUUUGGCAUCGAGUGUUCUUGAAUUGGUUAAAGAAUUCUUUCCUGAGUCAUAUGAUCAUCUUGAGAAAGACAGUGGAAUGUUAGAUGGUCCAAAGCCAGUAAUUGUACUUGAGAAACGUUUAAGUGAUCUCCCAAAGAUAUUAAACAAAAAUCAACGACACACAUCUGACAUCGAGCUUGGGGCACAUCAAGCUAUUCUGGUUAUGAAUGAGAUGACAAAACAAAGAGCAGAAACGGUGUUUAGUAAAUGUCUCGUUAUAACAAUCGAUCGAGCUAAGGGAUUAGAAUUUGAUGAUGUUUUGCUCUUCAACUUCUUUAAAGAAUCUCAUGCAAAAAAGGAGUGGAGAACCGUACUUGAUUAUCAACAGAAAGUAGCCGUUACAGACACUAGUGCAGACGCCGGACAGACAGACAGAAACACGAAUGAUGGAGUACCAAAGACAUGUGAUGCCCGGGCACUUGAAUUUGACCAGAGAAAACACAAAGUUUUGAAUACAGAACUGAAGCUGUUGUAUACUGCUAUAACCAGAGCGAGGACAAAUGUUUGGAUUUUUGAUGAAGAUGACGAGAGUAGAGCACCAAUGUUUUACUAUUUCCAGGAAAGGGGCCUUGUGGAAACUACAAUACACGUAAAAGAUUUUACUGAAAGGUCAUUUACAAAGGAUUCGAGUCCAGAAGAAUGGAUCGCUGAAGGAAAUUAUCUUUAUAAUCACCGACGAUUUAAAGAAGCAGCAGUUUGUUAUCGCAAUGGAAACAAUCUGGAACUGGCAGACUAUUCUAGUGCUCGUCACAAUGAAGAACAGGCUUAUAGCUGUGAGGACGAGUCGAUGUUUCGGCAUCAUUUAUUAACUGCAACCCUUCGUUAUCUGAAUUGCGACAGGAUCAGACGGACAGUAUCAUGUCUGAAAAAACUUGGUGAAUUCGAGAUUUUGGCAAAGUUAUAUGAACAUAUCAACGAGAUGAAAAGAGCAGCUAAUGUCUAUAAAGAUUUAAAAAAGCCGCUUGAACAGAGCAGAUGCUUAGAAGAGAUGAAAUACUUUGGAAAAGCAAUGCAGGUGUUAGAUAAAAGUGGAUACUUUGAAGAGAUGAAACAUUGUCUGGAACGAUAUCAGUCUACCAAGGACAGCAAGGAUGAAAUACCUACCAAUCUAAACUCGGAACCCAAAAUUAACUACAGGGCUGCAACAUACUAUGGGAAGAUCAGAAAUAAGGACUACAUGAUGAACUAUUGCGAGAAAAUAACGGAUGAAAAGAAGAUAGAAGUCUUCAUUUCUUGUGAUUUUAUCGACGAAGCUGCAUAUUUACAUCAGAGAAAAGGUGAACAAAAAGAAGCUAUAGAACUAUACAUCAAAAAUGGAGACGUGCAAAAGGCUGAACGACUUUUGGAUAAAACAAUCCCUGAUUAUAGAAAACUGCGACAAUCAUGCACAAUUAUAAGGGGACAGCUAGCAGUUGUAGACCAAGAAGCUGAAGGUGUGGAUAAGUCUCUCGAAAACUUGGACGAAAUUAUAAAUGACAAAACUGCUGAAACCCUUUUAACUGCAAACGCAACCCUUAUUAGGGGACAACUGAAAGGCAACCAAUAUGAUAUAGAGAGAGCCUAUCAUAUUUUUGCAAAUGAUAAGGCAGGAUAUUUUGGGCAAUUGGAAUGCAUUGAUUUGAUGAUGGCAAAGAUGGACUUGACUGAUUUUAAAGAUGUGUGUGGAAUAUUAACGUAUCUUGGGGAAUUAAAUCCUCCAUUUCAUUAUCUUUUGCUCGAAAAUUACUGUCUACCAAAAGAUCGCUUCAGUGUUUCAGAUUACAUGUUUUAUGGAUUUCAAUACGAGGAAAUCUCUAACAGGUAUAAACUAUACCCAAGACAAGCUUCAAGGGCGAGGUAUUUUUGCGCCUCAGACACUAAAUUUGAAAUCUGCUUUCACGAGGAAAAGAUGCGAAACUCCAUUUCAGAUUUCAUUACGAAGAGAACGAAACAAUGGUUACAUAAACUGCAAGCCAUUAUUGAUUCACAAAGGAUGGAAAUGGAAACGUUUCUGCAAAAUCCAAAAACAACAAUUGUGCCAAAAACGAUUAAACAUAUAGCUAGUAUCCAAGAGAAAAAAGAGGAAUGUUUUUUGCGCCUUUUGCAAUUUCACGUUUUAACUGUAUGGCUGAGUUUCACUUCAGAUGAGGAACAUCUUGAACAUCGAAAAUGCGAGACGUUCCUCGAAGUACUUUGUUCAUUGCGCUGUGUUCAGGUUAUACCCGAACAUAACACACAGCUCAAGAGUAGGGCAUAUAAGUUGCUAAGAGAAUCGGGCCUCAAAGUCUUUCAGAACGAAGUAGUAAGAUAUUCGAAAGCAAAAUUCAAUCAAUUAGAGACAACAAAAGGUAAUACCGUGAGUGAUUUCGUUGAAAUAAUUCUUCUUCAAAAUGUCAUGGAUUUGACAGACGUGAAUGUCUUGGAAAUGAUGGAAAAAUAUGAAAGUAAAAGACUGGCUGAUGCUGAACAUUUGAUCUCAAAUUGUGUAGAUAAGGAAUCAUUAUCGAAACUCAGAAGUAAAGUGAAACCGCACGGAAUAGAUGUAACCCGCGGCGAAGACAAUGGCAACAUUGUCUUCACCUCGAUUGCAAAACCCUUUUCUGCAACAAUUGGAUAUAUGAAUAGUAGCAAUACCAAUUCAGCGGUCAAUUCUUUCAAUCAGUUCUGUUUUAUCUUACAGAUGAAUUAUUUAAAGAAAGACAAAUUUCAAAUUCCCAUCAAUAUAUUUCUAUUUUGGAGUGAAACGAUUUUUGCUAUCAGUUUGCUACAUGCUGUUCGAAAAGAUGCUGGCGCAAUUAUGCCCGAUGCCUUUCUUUCAAGAAUACAUUAUGCUGAAACGUUUUUUAUGAAAAAUUCACCAUCGUGCAUAAUAGAACAAAUUACAGCAUAUAAAUCAAAAAACGGGAUUUCAGGGUUUGGUCUGAAGAACUUAAUUCACAUCCUUUCCUGCAGAUUAAAUCUUUUAAGAUUAGACACAAAGCAAAAUCCAAAAUAUUGCAAAAUCUCAGUUGAAAGAAUCCUUGUUUUGAGCUUACUCGUACUUUGUAAUUUAGGUGGAAUAAUCCAGUAUUUGGACGAUUCUGCACAAAAAAAGUUGCCGAAAUUGGCGAGUGAAGUUGCUCAUACUUUAUACAAUACACGAAAGGAAGAGGCUUUGAAACAAAUGAAAGCAUCAAGGAAAACAUUAGAUUUUAUCCACCCCCUGCAAAAUAUUUUAGAGGCACAUGUGCAUUUUCAAAUAUGUACCUGGAAGACAAAUUUUGAUUUUCAAAAUGUCAAAUCACCUGAUGAAAUUGAGAAGGAUCUUCCAAAUUUGUAUCUAGAUAAAGAAACCUUGAAACGGAUUCAAAAGUCAGCAGAAGGCGACAAACCAUCAGCUAAAUCUGAGAGUUGUGAAAGUAAGAACAACACCACCUCCACUAAAUUAGAAUACGAGGAAGAGUUCCCUGAACCAGUGAAAAUGUUGACACCACAACAAACCUCGGGUGAAAACAGACAGAAACGAGGACGUAAAUCCAAACGUUUUCCUGCAAUAAAAGCAGACAAUUUGAAAGAAGAACCACAGAAAUAUACAAUUUUAUACCAAAGAAUUCCCUAUGUGAAUAAGGAAUUGGAUACCUUGGAAAUGUCCAUAAACUCAAGACACCAUGGUCUCCUAGCUCAGCCAGAUUGAUGUUUCCGAAUAUCAGUAUUCGUAACGAUGCGCCUCAUACAUUCGUGUAAUGUGUUUCAAGUAUCAAACAUUCUUUGAUUAAUUUAAACAUUUAAACACCAAUGAAGUAGAAACAGGAAAUGAUUGAUUUAUGGUGUGAACAGGGAUGACGAAUGUUUUUAUCGAAUUGGAGUUCUUUUCGGGGUACUACUCUUUGUUAAAGAUAUAGUAAAUAUAGAUACAUAGUUAAUAUCCUAGGUAUAAUGUAUCUAACAUCUCAAUAUUAUUGUUGUGUAAGUCUUAUAUUAAAUGAUACACAUAUAUUAUUUAGUAAAUGAAUAGUACAAAUGCUGAAAUACUAUUGAUGUUUAUGUAGUAUAUAUUCAUUUAUUUACAUUGUUUAUAUACUAGCGGAAAAAAAGAAACUGUGCAUUAUAAAACUUAGUAUAAUU